AUGGCGGAGCACACCAGCCACUGGGUCACGCGGCCGUCGAUACCGUUCCUCAUGACAACGUCAUAUUCAAGUUUCAAUAAUCCACAAAUUCCCAGUUUACCUAGAGCGACAAGCUUGUUGCGAGAGCGAGGCGGCGCGGCCACGGCUGGUCGUUCACCCGCCUCCCCCGCGGCCCUCGCUCGCACCCCCGCCAACGCUUGCACGGGACCAAUCCUUGAAGACAACUACGCUGCCACUAACCUCCUAGACAGUCUCAGUAAACACACACGAGCACACGUUGGGCACAAUGAAGCCACCGAAGGCCGUCCACCUUUUAUCAUCACCGACGGAACGACCCCAAAUCCAGUUGCACAGAGUGUAGAGCCGCGUGAAACGGUCUCGUCUCAGGGGCGGGCGGCACGUGAGAGAGAUCCAAACAAAAGCCAAACGGUGAGAACGGCCGCUCUAACGGCGGACGCGGCAUCCAUACGCCAGGUUUCGCUUUCACCACCUCGCACCGCUAAAGUAUCA